GUGUGUGUGUAUUUAUCAGGGACCAUUGACAUUUAUGGAUGUGGCCAUAGAAUUCUCUCUGGAAGAGUGGCAAUGCCUGGACCCUGCACAACAGAAUUUAUACAGAGACGUGAUGCUAGAGAACUACAGAAACCUGGUCUUCCUUGGUACAGCUUUCUCUAAGCCAGACCUGAUCACCUAUCUGGAGCAAGGAAAAGAGCCUUGGAAUAUGAAGAGACGUGAGACUGUAGCCAAAGCACCAGCUAUGUGUUCUUAUUUUGCCCAAGACCUUUGGCCAGAGCAGGACAUAAAAAAAUCAUUUCAAAAAGUGAUCAUGAGAAGAUAUGGAAACUGUGGAGAUGAAAAUUUACCACUAAGAAAAGAGUGUGAAAGUGUGGACGAUUGUCAAAUGCACAAAAGAGUUUAUAAUAAACUUCACAAAUGUUUGAAAGCUACCGUGAGCAAAACAUUUCUAUGUUAUAAAUAUGUAAAAGUCUUUCAUAUAUUUUCAUAUUCAAAUAAGUCUAAGAUAAGACAUGCUAAAAAGAACCUUUAUAAAUGCGAAAAAUGUGACAAAUCAUUUUGCAUGUUUUUACAUCUAAUUCAACAUAAAAGAAUUCAUACUAGAGUGAAUUCCUACAAAUGUGAAGAAUGUGGCAGAGCCUUUAAAUGGACCUCACACCUUACUAAACAUAAGAGAAUUCAUAGUGGAGAGAAACCCUACAAAUGUGAAGUAUGUGGCAAAGAUUUUAACCAGUUCUCACACUUUACUAGACAUAAGAUAAUUCAUCCUGGAAAGAAACCCUACAAAUGUGAAGAAUGUGACAAAGCUUUUAACUGGUCCUCAAACCUUACUCAACAUAAGAGAAUUCAUAGUGGAGAGAAGCCCUACAAAUGUGAAGAAUGUAACAAAGAUUUUAACUGCUCCUCAAACCUUACUCAACAUAAGAGAAUUCAUAGUGGAGAGAAACCCUACAAAUGUGAAGAAUGUGGCAAAGCUUUUAACUGCUCCUCACACCUUAAUACACAUAAGAGAAUUCAUAGUGGAGAGAAACCCUACAAAUGUGAAGAAUGUGGCAAAGCUUUUAACUGGUCCUCACACCUUAAUAAACAUAAGAGAAUUCAUAGUGGAGAGAAAUCCUACAAAUGUGAAGAAUGUGGCAAAGCUUUUAACCGGUCCUCACACCUUAAUAACCAUAAGAGAUUUCAUAGUGGAGAGAAACCCUACAAAUGUGAAGAAUGUGGCAAAGCUUUUAACUUUUCAACAAACCUUACCACACAUAAGAGAAUUCAUAGUGGAGAGAAACCUUACAAAUGUGAAGAAUGUGGCAAAGCUUUUAACCUUUUAUCAACCCUUACUACACAUAAGAGAAUUCAUAGUGGAGAGAAACCCUACAAAUGUGAAGAAUGUGACAGGGCUUUUAACCAGUCCUCACACCUUACUAGACAUAAGAGAAUUCAUACUGGUGAGAACCCCUACAAAUGUGAAGGAUGUAGCAAAGCUUUUAACUGUUCUUCACACCUUACUAAACAUAAGAGAAUUCAUAGUGGAAAAGAAACCCUAUACAAAUGUGAAGAAUGUGGCAAAGGCUUUUGUGAAUCCUCAGCACUUAGUAAACAUAAAAUAAUUUAUAUUGGAGACAAACUCUACAAACCUAAAAGUUGGGACAAUGCUUUUCACAAUGUAAAAUAA